UCUGGCUGGUGUCGGCUCCGAGAGUAACCUUUCAUGAUGGAAGGAAGAGAUAUUAAUCUGAUGACAGCAAGCACUAUCACGUUAUGUCCAGAUUAUACUGAAGCUGUGCGGUCUGGAGAUCUGGCUUAUCUGGGCUCUGCAGUUCUCCAACAGGGAAUCCUUGAAAAGGACUGACCAGUUCUUGUUGCAUUUCGAAACCAUGGCCCAUGGUUCAGUGACAUUCAGGGAUGUGGCCAUAGACUUCUCACAGGAAGAAUGGGAAUUCCUGGACUCAGCUCAAAGGGACUUAUAUAGGGAUGUGAUGUGGGAGAAUUAUAGCAAUUUCAUCUCACUAGCAGAACCUUCCAUUUCUAAACCAGAUGUAAUUACCUUAUUGGAUGAAGGGAAGGAGCCUUGGAUGGUUGUGAAGGAAGGGACCAGAAGACACUACUCUGAUUUGGAGUCCAGAUACAGGACCAAUACUUUAUCUCCAGAAAAGGACAUUUAUGAAAUAUAUUCAUUCCAGUGGGAGAUAAUGGAAAGAAUUAAAAGCUGUAGUCUUCAGGACUCCAUUUUUAGAAAUGAUUGGGAAUGCAAAGGCAAGAUUGAGGGGCAAAAGGAACCACAAGAGGGAUAUUUUGGGCAAGUGAAAAUCACUUCUGAAAAAAUGACCACUUACAAAAAGCAUAAUUUUCUUGCUGAAUAUCAGAGAGUUCAUAAUGGAGAAAAGUUGUAUGAAUGUAAGGAAUGUAGGAAGACCUUUAUUCGUCGCUCAACGCUCAGUCAACACCUGAGAAUUCAUACUGGUGAGAAACCUUAUAAAUGUAAGGAAUGUGGGCAGGCAUUUAGACAGCGUGCACACCUUAUCCGACAUCACAAACUUCAUACUGGCGAGAAGCCUUAUGAAUGUAAGGAAUGUGGGAAGGCCUUUACAGUGCUCCAAGAACUUACUCAACAUCAGAGACUUCAUACCGGUGAAAAGCCCUAUGAAUGUAAGGAGUGUGGAAAGGCCUUCAGAGUGCAUCAGCAACUUGCUCGACAUCAGAGAAUUCAUACUGGUGAGAAACCCUAUGAAUGUAAGGCAUGUGGGAAGACCUUUAGGCAGUGUACACACCUUACUCGACAUCAGAGACUUCAUACUGCUGAGAAGCUCUAUGAAUGUAAGGAAUGUGGGAAAGCCUUUGUAUGUGGUCCAGACCUUAGAGUGCAUCAGAAAAUUCAUUUUGGUGAGAAACCUUAUGAAUGUAAGGAAUGUGGAAAGGCUUUUAGAAUAUGCCAACAACUUACUGUCCAUCAGAGUAUUCAUACUGGUGAGAAACCCUAUGAAUGUAAGGAAUGUGGGAAGACUUUUAGACUCAGGCAACAACUUGUUCGCCAUCAGAGAAUCCAUACUCGUGAGAAACCCUAUGAAUGUAUGGAAUGCUGGAAGACCUUUAGUAGUUACUCACAACUUAUUUCACAUCAGAGCAUUCAUAUUGGUGAGAGACCUUACGAAUGUGAAGAAUGUGGGAAGGCCUUUAGAUUGCUCUCACAACUUACCCAACAUCAGAGUAUUCAUACUGGCGAGAAACCUUAUGAAUGUAAGGAAUGUAGAAAACCUUUUAGACUGCUCUCACAGCUUACUCAGCAUCAGAGUAUUCAUACUGGUGAGAAACCUUAUGAAUGUAAGGAAUGUGGUAAGGCUUUUAGACUUUAUUCAUUCCUUACUCAACACCAGAGAAUUCAUACUGGGGAGAAACCCUACAAAUGUAAGGAAUGUAAGAAGGCCUUUAGACAACAUUCACACCUUACUCAACAUCAGAAAAUUCAUAAUGGGGUUUAAUACAAGAAAGCCUUCAAUUGUACAUUAUGUUGCAGAAUAUCCGAAAAUUCAUUUUUUUGAAAUUUGCUUCAUGCUUCAACUAAGCAUAAGAAAUUUUAUAUUAUUGAAAAAAAUAUGUUGCUUUAAAAGCCUUCUGUCAUCAUUCAGACAUUGUUUAUCUUCAGCAAAUUCAUAUGAGGGAAUAAUAUAAUGAAUGUAGGAAAAUCUUUAGCCUUAUCUAUCAUUAUCUCCAUUUCACUCCUUUGUUACCAGUGUGUUAUUGGACAAGGUACUUAAGCUUCUGUGCCUCAUUUUGCUCACUUGUAAAAUGGUGAUAGUAGUACCUAUGUAUAUUAGUUAUUUAUUGCUGUGUAAUAAAUUACCACAAAUUUAGUAGCUUAAAAUAAUACACAUUAUCUCACAAUUACUAUGGGUCAGGUGUCUGGGCAUAACUUUGUUGGAUCCUCUGCUUCAGAGUCUCUCACAAAGCUAAACUAAAGGUUUCAGCCAGGUUUGUGUCUCAUCUAAAGGCUCAACAGGGGAAGGGAUCCAUUUCCAACCUCACAUGGUUGUUGGCUGUCCCCGACAGUUUCUAGUUGGCUGAAGGCUGACCUUAGUUCCUUGCCACAUGGGCUUCUUCAGCGUAACUGCUUAUUAAGUGUGCAAGCCAAGAAUGCAGUGGAGUCUACUAACAUCAUAGACGCUGUAAACCUGUGUGAUCUAAUCACCGGAAUAACACCUGUUUUUUAGUCACCUUUGCUGUCUUCUGGUUAGAAGCUAGUUACUGGGUCACCCCACACUCAAGUGUGGAGGAUUACACAAGAGUAUGAAUACCAGGCUGUAGGGACCAUUUCAGAGUCAGCCUGCCACACUGUGUAAUAGGAUUAUCUUAAGGAUUAAGUAGUUAAUGCUUGGAAAAAUAGCACCCACAUAGCAUGUUUUCUGUAAAUAUUAUCUACAAUUGUUAUCAUUAGUGUUAGUGAAUUCAUAUGAAAGGAAUUUACUCUAGAAGUAAUAAAUGUAGAAAUGCCUCAUGUCACUGCUCAGCACUUAACUAAACUUAAGAUAAUUUAUUCCAGAUAAAAUCUAGGAGGUUAUAUUGAAUGUGAGAAGUUCAUCAUUUGAGCCGCACCAGUCAUUUCAUGCUGAAAAGAGACCUUACAAAUUUCAUGAAGGUGAGGUUAAGAAUACAACUGUUGAAGAAUCAGAAAAAUAUGAAAUUAUUUUCCCAUAAUAAAUUCCAAAAAAUAAAUGUUUUGUAAUCCCUAUUGUCUGACCACCGUUAAAGAUUAAAAACAUCAAAAAGAUGGCAGAAAGGAAUCUAACCAGUUGGAAAUUUAAAGUGUGUGUGUGUGUGUUCGUGUGUGUGUAUUUUUUUUGUAAAAUUCAUAUAAAAGAAAGAUCAUUAUUCCAUUACUGGCAGUAUAUGGUUUGAUGUUUAAAUUGCCCCAUCUUCAACCAGUGGAAGUUAGGUCUUUUGACAUGACCCCACUAGUAGUUUGAUAGUUUACUUGGUUACAGCUGCACAGUUUGGUCAGCAAUGGAAGAUGCUUGGGCACCAACUCAUUCUAAAAAUUGAUAAGGGAAAAAAUAAGCAUUUAUUUUCCUUUUUUUCCAUGUGAACCAAGUUUCAGGGCCACCAAAAGUUACUCAAAUUAAAAGGUUUUUGUUUUGUUUUGCUUUUAAGAUAUCAGUAAAUACAGAAAGAAUGAUAGGACUAGAAAAAUCACCAUUUUCUAGUUCCCUAAUGGAAUAAUGGGUCCAGAAAAUGAUCUUCGGUGGAUAUUAAAACCAUUGGGUGAAAUAUUUUAUAGUGAGAACUUUACAGUGGAUUUAUCAAGCUGACCACCUCUGAGCCCUUUGAUCAAUUUUAACCUCUAUAAAAGUGGGACUCUCAGACAAUAUCCACGUCCUGAUAAAAUGCAGUAGGAAAUACCACUGCCUACAAAGCCUUAUUGCCAAAAUGGUGAGCUGAAGGAAACAGAUCUUUGAAUCGAACUCUUUAAAAACGAGAAUUUGGGGGAAUAGAUGAACAAAGUAAAUGGCACCACAAGGAAGUAGCCAAGCAGAUCCAGAAUGUGUAAAAUUCUACGAAACAAGUGACCUGAUUUCUUCAAAAAAUGAGUGGCAUGAAAAAGAAAAGGGGAAGGGCAACGGUUAACAGAUUAAGAGACUUAAGAGACCUAUCAACUCAAUUCAGCACGUGGGCAUUGCUUGGACCCAGUUUGAACAAAAUGUAAAAAGACAUUUUGGAAACAGUGGGGAAAAUGUGGACAUGCACUGGGUAUUAGAUGAUAUUUAGAAAUACUAAUUUUGUUAGGGAUGAUAAUAUCACUGUGGUUAUUAAAAGAUAAAAGGUUCUAUGUGUUAGAGAUACAUACUUAUAUAUUUAAGGAAUGGUAAAGAUACCAUAUUUGCAUUAGAAUACUCUAGCAAAAGAAGAAGAAUUGGCCAGGAGAGCUGGGAAGUAGAUUGGCAAAAUGUUGAUAAUUACUGAUGCAGGGUGAUUUGUUUUGGGGGGGUUCAUUGUUCUAAUAUUUCUACUUUUUUAUGUGUUUGAAAGUUUCAGAAAUAAAAUGUUUAAAAUCAAAACAAAUUUAUAGACUACUUAGAAAUGAUUGUUAAUGAGAUGUGUGCACCUAGACUUGUCAGAUGUCCCCCAAAGUUCUGUUCAGUGAGAAAUUCAUCCCCUUUAAUGCAUUAAGGAAAUUUCAUUUGUGCACCCAGUCUUCAUCAUCUUCACUUUACCCACAGCAGUCAACACAGGGUCUGUCACAUAAAUAAAUGUGUUAAGGGAGUGAAUACUUACAUCAAGAAACCAGAAACAGAACAGAAUAAAACCUACAAAAGAGAAACAAAACACAACUGAAAAUAGAAAUUAAGGACCAGACAGUAGUAGAUUUAAUCCAGUGUUAAUAAUGAUUAGAUUUUGGAAGACCUAAUCAAGAAAAAGAAAAUGAAAGAUAAUGCACUUAGAACAUGGACAGUAAUAAAGGUGACAUAGCUACAGAUUAUCCAGAAAAUUUUGUUUUAGUUACAACACAAUACUAUGUAUAAGUGUUCUAUGUAUUCCAAUACCUAAAAUAUAAAGUGGGUUUUUUUUCUGUAGGAAUAUGUUAUGACAAUUGACUCAAAUAGACCAAGAAGCAAAUGUGUGUGUGUGUAUGAACUCCCCGCUUAAGAAAAAAAUCUGAUAAUUGUACAGGUGAAAGCUUUAAUAAAUAGAUAAUCCUUCACCAAAUUCUACCAAUUCAUUCUGCACAGAUAAAAUAAUCCUGAUACAAACCUAAAUGAAGAUAGCUCCCCAAAAGCAAAAUCUACACCAGCUUCAUUUAUGAAGAUUCUAUUUGUCUUAAUUCUAAAUAAGGUAUAUUUAGAAUUUAUUACAAAAUCAGUCUUCACUCAUAGAUCCAUGUGUUUGCCUUUCCCAAGUCUCAUAUCUCCAGAAGACCUGUGUUUGUAACAGAGUGUAAAGCCUUAACCCAGUGUUCUCUACAAACUUGUUUUGGGGUAUUCUAGUCCUUGAUGAUAUUUGGGGGAAAAAAAGAUUUCUCAGGAAAAUGUGUAAAUGCAGCAAAGCAUUUGCUUGUGGGGAAAUCCAAGUACACAUCCUCAGCUUGUCAAAAGAUACAGUAAAGAGAUUUUUAUUUAACAUGGUGUAUCUCAAACUUCAUUGUGGAAUUCUCAUUCCCAGUAUCUCUUACCAUCUUUAGAAUGUGAACCACUUUGCUAGAUGCUUCCAUUACCACAAUGACUGUCUUCAAGAGCAUCAUUUCAGACAUUAUGGUGAGUGAUUGUGUUGGCAGGGGGUGAGGAAGGGCACUUUUCUUUGCAACUCAUGUCAUAUUCUGAAAGCUUCCUGCUUGAAUCUUGAGGCCUAGUACUUUUCUAUAGAAUGAAAAAGAUUCUAGCUUCAUCCUUGAUAUGUAUAUAUUAAACAUGCUUAAAUAUUCUGUUAAAUAGUGAUUAGGACAUAAAUGAUUUUUCAUUAUAAUAAAAAUGCUAU